AGGAAGAGACCUGGAAAUAUUGACAUAGACAUCGUCCAUACCUUCCAUCUAUAGCUCCCGUUAACCAAAGGCUGUUCGGAAUAUCCUGUUAUUGUGAGGGAGGAUGCUGCGGACUCUGAGAAGGCUUCUUUGCCAGGGACACAAGUUGGAACCUGACUGCAUUCUUCGGGGUGGACCCAGGGCCUGGCAAAGCACGGCUGCGACCCAGGAUGCUCCACUUGCUCCAGAGAAGCCCCGAGCAAUCUUCCGCACCAAUGAGAGCGAUCCGGCCAGUCACACGGAAGAGCACGUGGGCCAUUUCUACGGCAUCCCCCUUCAGGAGCUGAAGGCGAUACUCCCUCAUGGACUGCCACCACGCUUCCAGUUCCAGGUGAAAACCUUCAACGAAGCCUGUUUCAUGGUGCGGAAGCCGGGUCUCGAACUCCUCAGCUAUUUAAAACACACCAACUUGGCUCAUCCCGCCAUCCGAUACGUCAUCUAUGGCAAAAAAGGCACGGGGAAGACCAUGACACUCUGCCACGCCGUCCAUUACUGUGCAAAGCAGAACUGGCUGAUCUUGCACAUUCCCGAUGCUCACCGGUGGGUGAAGAACUGCAAGGAGCUGCUGCCGUCUUCCUACAACAAAGAGCGCUUCGACCAGCCACUGGAAGCCUCAACCUGGCUAAAGAAUUUCGCGGCCACCAAUCAACGCUUCUUAACAGAGAUCAAGACACAGCAGAAGUAUGUGUGGGGUAAGCGGGAGAGCAGCGAGGAGGGCAGUCCCCUGAUGAGCAUAGUAGAGCAGGGUCUGAAUCGUGUCAAAACCGCCAGCGACGUCGUGGGGGUGGUUCUGAAGGAGCUGAAGCAACAGAGCCCUCGGGGGGCCUUCAAGCUCCUAGUGGCCGUGGACGGAGUCAACUCCCUCUGGGGAAGUACGACGCUGAAGAAAGUAGACCGGAGUGCGAUCUCCCCGGAGGAGCUGACACUGGUCCACAACCUGAGGAAGAUGGUGACCAAUGACUGGACCGGAGGUGCCAUCGUGACAACUCUCAGCCAGACAGGGUCUCUCUUCCAACCCCGUGAAGCGUACCUGCCCAGCGAAUUGCUAGGAGAGAAGGGUUUCGAAACCUUGGACCCCUUCAUUCCCAUCGAAGUUCAUGCCUACACUGACCUGGAGUUUGAGAGUUGCUACCAGUACUACCUGGAGCGCAAGUGGCUUCAGCAUGAAAAAGCCAGCACCAAUGACGGACGGAUGGAGCUUCACUUCCUCAGCGGAGGCAACCCUGGAGAGUUUGAGCGAAUCAGCUCUUUCUUGUGACAGCGGCUCAUUUGUACCUUCAGUGUCGUAGCCCCAAGGACCUCCCUUUUGCCCAAUUAAAAACAGAAUAAUAUUUA